CCCGUUCUCAAUCUCCAUUCCGUUUGAAAAGUGCUUUCGAUAGCUGGACUAUCCAUACUUCACGAUGAGGAUCGCUACUAUUCUUGGCUUGACAACAGCGCUGUGCGCAUCGGCUGGAACGACAUACAACGUCGUACAAGAGUACGCAGGACCGACGUUCUUUGACGGUUGGGAUUUCUACGGGAAUUUCGAUAACCUCACCAACGGUGAUGCGAUAUUCGUAUCCUCAUCAGAAGCCACCUCCCAACGUCUAGCCUACGUGGACCCUUCCACCAACCACGCUAUCAUCAAAGUCGACAAUACAUCACGAGUAGCCUUCAACGAAAAACGAAACACGGUCCGUAUCACCAGCCAAGACCGUUUCGCCAUCGGCAGCGUGUGGGUAGCUGACAUGCUCCACGUACCCUACGGUUGCUCCGUAUGGCCCGCCUUCUGGUCUCAAGCUCCAGCAUGGCCAGAAGGAGGCGAGAUCGACACGUUCGAAGGCGUCAACCAGGUCACUCGAAAUCAGAUGGCGUUACAUACAAACCCUGGGUGUUCUUUACGCCAGGAUCCAACUUCGUUGACGCAGACAUCCUCGAUUAUUAACUCGACUAAUUGCGAUUCUGCAGCUAACGAGAAUUCGGGAUGUGUGGUUACCGAUCCGAGUUUACAGAGUUAUGGGGAGGUGUUUGCGAAAGGGGGAGGUGGAGUUUUCGUUACUGAAUUUGCGGAAGAAGGGAUUUCCGUAUGGUUCUUCCCGAGAGACCUUGUCCCCCAGUCACUCUCCUCGAACACUACAUCCCUCGAUACCUCCAAACUCGGAAAGCCCACAGCGAACUGGCCUAGUGGUCCUGGCGGGUGUGAUAUCAACACCUUUUUCCAACCUCAGAACUUGAUUUUUGAUAUCACGUUAUGCGGAGACUUUGCAGGCGCACCGAACGUCUUCUCCCAAACCUGUUCCGGAAAAUGCUACAACGACUAUGUCAUUGGCGAUCCCUCCACCUACGACAAUGCCUACUUUGACGUUGCGAGUGUUAGAGUCUAUGGGGAGGUUGGUAAACAAGUCGUACUGCAAAAGGGUCAGAGUGGAAAUUCUGGGAUUGGGAUUCGAGUUAGUGGGCUUGGGGUACUGGUGUCGUCCUUGGUGAUUGGAGGGAUGAUGGUAAUGAUUUAGAUUUCAAUGCUGGACAUGAACUCUUGAACUCUUGAAUGUAACCUCAACUUUUGGACAUUCUAUCCUACAAGUUAUAAACCACUCUGAACG